AUGGCCGCGUUCUCCGCAUCUUCUUCACCGGGAACCAGCAAUGCAAUUCCUCCUCGCCACCAUGGAGCGGGAUCUGGCGUGGAGGCUACCCUUCUUGGGGACUACGAGAAGGGCACUGAGCGGGCCCUUUUGAUCAAGAACAUCCCCUACGGAGGGGCCUCGUUCGCGAGGACAUGCUUCAACGGGCUCAAUGCUCUCUCAGGUCUCUAUCUCUCUCUGUCCCCUCUUCUUCUCGUCAGUGUCGAUUCGGAGCUUUCCGCUGUCUUUAAGGCAAAAUUUUGCCUCACGCCCCACACCACCACUUCAAUAAUUUCGCCCGUAAGAUUUAAUCAUCGUUUCUUUAGAUUUAUACCUUAGAUAUCAUUUCUAGAGUUAUGAGAUUUAGAUCGUUUUCCCCCUUUUAUCUUAUUUUAAUCCCCACUUCGUCGGGGAUUCGAAUUACUUAGAUAGGCUCAUUUUCAUGCUUCGAAACGACGGCCAUUUCAGGUAACGGAGUUAAACUCUAAUAGAUCAGAUGUUUGAGGAGAAGCGAAUCUUGUCGUUUAUUUAUCCCCGGACAGUUCUCAACUGUGGACUCCAUUGUUCAUGAUCGCAGGGGUGGGUGUCCUGUCGAUUCCCUACGCGCUAUCAGAAGGAGGCUGGCUGAGCGUAGCAUGGCUGAUCGUCAUAGCAGCCGCGUGUUGCUAUACCGGACUACUCCUGCAACGGUGCAUGAACUCUGGGCCAUACCUGCAGAGCUACCCGGACAUCGGAGAAUCCGCUUUCGGUCUCUCAGGGAGGAUAACGAUAUCCGUCGUCAUCUACUUAGAGCUUUACCUUGUUUCCACGGGAUUCCUGAUUCUAGAGGGAGACAACCUGGGCAAGCUGUUCCCAAACUCCAGUCUCAAGCUAGGGAAGAUGAAGAUCGAAGGGAAUCAGCUGUUCACUUUGCUGGCGGCUCUCGUGAUCCUGCCCACCACCUGGUUGAGGAGCCUUGGCGCCCUCGCGUAUUUCUCCCUUGGAGGGGUGAUGGCCUCGGUUAUUCUGGUCGGCUGUGUCCUCUGGGCCGGCGCAUUCGAUCAAAUCGGGUUCCAUGAACGAGGGAAGCUCAUCAAUUUCGGCGGCCUUCCCACAUCCUUGGGACUGUAUGCCUUCUGCUAUUGUGGCCACGCCGUCUUCCCCGCCCUGUGCACCUCCAUGAGAGAUAGAACUCAGUUCCCGAAGGUCAGUCAUCUGCCAAAAAUUACAAUGUAUUUGUAUCUCUAGACGUAAUUUUAAGCAACGGCAUUCGGAACCAGUAAAAUUUCGCCACUUGUAUGUGGGUUCGAUUUGCAGGCGUUGUCAGUGUGCUUCCUCCUGUGCACCCUCAACUACAGUUUCAUGGCCGUCAUCGGCUACUUAAUGUACGGGGAAGGCAUAAAAUCUCAGGUGACACUCAACCUUCCAGUCGAAAAUCUCAGCUCCAAAGUCGCAAUUUAUACCACAUUGAUCAACCCAUUAACGAAGUAUGCAUUGAUGGUGUCGCCGAUAGCCACAGCCAUAGAACAGCGUCUCCUGGUUAGCGGCGGAGGACCGGCCAGCCUUCUGAGUAGAACGUUGCUGGUGGUCAGCACCGUGGCCAUCGCCCUGUCCAUCCCUCGGUUCGGAUAUCUUAUGGCCCUCCUCGGGUCGUUCCUGAGCGUCGUGGUCUCGUUGCUCCUGCUGUGCAUAUGGUAAGUCAAGAUCUUCGGCUUCGCUGGUCAGUCGAGGCUUGAGCUGUCUGCCAUAAUGGAAAUCCUGGUGACGGGUGUCCUGGUCGGAGUGACGGGAACCUACUCUUCUCUGCGCCAGAUCGCCCGUAAUAUUUGA